AUGGUGCCUUCUCGCGCAGCGGGAGGGAUGCCACAAUCAUCUUCGAGCUCUGGAAUAUUUUUCCAAGGGGACGGGCAGUCUCAGGUUGCUGGCAAUUCACAGCUGAGUUCAAACAUCAGCAACUCCAUGCACUCCAUACCCGGACGAGCACGUGUCAAUGUGGGCCCACUGUCGGGGGACGUUUGUAAUGCGGUCCUCAACAGCAUGGCAACCUCAGCACCCAGCAUUGGGGCGAGCUCUCUGGUCACUGAUGCCAACUCGGGGCUCUCAAGCGGGCCCCACAUGCAAAGAACUGCGAGUUUCAACACAGAUUCCUACAUGCGCCUACCCACUUCCCCACUCUCGUUCACAUCCAACAACAUAAGCAUCUCAGGUUCGUCCGUCAUCGACGGGUCCUCUGCCGCGCAGCAAAGCUCCAAUCAAGACCUGGCACAAGCCCAGCAAAAUCAGCACUCGAGCACCACAUCAUUGCCCGGGUCGCGAAUGGGGCAGGUCCAGAUCCCUGUUGGGCCNAGGGGCCCGAAUUCUUUCAUUCAGGACCCGAACACCAUGUCUCAGAUUCAAAAGAAGCCCCGCCUGGACAUCAAGCAGGAAGAUGUUGUUCUGCAGCAGAUUUUGCAGAGGCAAGACUCGAUCUUGCAGAAUCCGAAUCCUCAGCUGCAGGCUCUGAUCCAGCAACAGCGGUUAAGGCAGCAGCAGCAGCAGCAAAGAGAACAGCUUCUUCAGUCUAUGCCGCCUAUGCAACGGGUUCAGUUGCUGCAGCAGCAACAGCAGCAGCAGUUGAGACAACAGCUUCUGCAGCAGCAGGGCGUGCAGCCAGGUUCGGGAAUAAAACGCCCAUAUGACGGUGGUGUAUGCUCACGUAGACUAAUGCAGUACCUCUAUCACCAGAGACAACGCCCUGCUGACAACAGUAUUGCCUAUUGGAGAAAAUUUGUGGCUGAGUAUUAUUCGCCGCGUGCAAAGAAGAGAUGGUGUCUAUCACUUUAUGACAAUGUCGGACAUCAUUCGCUGGGAGUAUUCCCUCAGGCAGCAAUGGAUGCAUGGCAGUGUGACAUUUGUGGUUCAAAAUCUGGAAGAGGUUUUGAAGCAACUUUUGAAGUACUCCCAAGACUCGAUGAAAUUAAAUUUGGUAGCGGCAUUAUUGACGAGCUUCUAUUUCUGGACUUGCCUCGGGAAUGUCGAUUCCCAUCGGGAAUGAUGAUGCUUGAGUAUGCAAAGGCAGUUUCAGAAAGUGUGUAUGAGCAACUCCGUGUGGUUCGCGAGGGUCAGCUUCGCAUUAUUUUCACCUCUGAUUUAAAGAUACUAUCUUGGGAAUUUUGUGCACGUCGCCAUGAAGAACUUCUGCCUCGUCGAUUGGUUGCACCUCAGGUGAAUCAAUUGCUGCAGGUUGCACAAAAGUGUCAAAGCACGAUAUCUGAAAGCGGGCCUGAUGGUGUUUCCCAACCAGAUUUACAGGCAAACAGUGUGAUGGUCGUAACAGCUGGACGCCAGCUUGCCAGGAGCUUGGAGCUACAGUCGUUAAACGACUUGGGGUUUUCCAAGAGAUACGUGCGGUGUCUACAGAUAUCUGAGGUCGUGAAUAGCAUGAAAGACCUGAUGGAAUUCUGCACAUCUCAAAAAAUUGGUCCUAUUGAGGGCUUAAAGAAUUUCCCCCGGCACCUGUCGACCCCCAAGCUUCAGAUGCAAGAAACGGAUCGAGAUGUGGGCGCACAAGGCCUGCCAACUGACCGCAACACUCUCAACAAGCUCAUGUCUAUGCACCCAGGGCUCAACGGCUCAAUAAACAACAACCAACUGGUUGUUAAUCGAGGAGGACCCAUUACUGGCUCGGCCCAGGCUGCUCUUGCAUUGUCUAACUACCAAAAUCUGCUCACGAGACAAAGUUCUACAAACUCGGCCCACAAUAACAGUAACAUUAAUAAUAAUAAUAACAGUAACAACAAUAAUGAUAAUGGUAAUAGUUCACUUAAGCAGGAGGUUACUUCUCCUUACAGCAGCCAGAGCCAGAGCCAGACCCCAGGGCUUUUGGGUAAUUUACCGCCAUCAGCUAUGAAUGGAUUUUCACAGCACCAAAAGUUACAGCAAAAUCAACCGGUCCCUUCACAAGGCGGCGGCCAGGUUUUACAGCAGCAAAAUCAAGGUGGCAAUAGGGAGAGAUUGGUAUCAGCUGCAAGAGAUGGAGAUUUUGUGGAGGCGAAGAUGUUGUUGGACUGCAACCCGUGCCUUUCAAAUGCUCUCUCCAAAUUCGUAAACAAGCCUGCUGAUGGCGGUAUUACUGCUCUUCAUAUGGCUGCUUUGAACGGAUACUUUGAAUGUGUGCAGCUUCUACUUGACCUUCAUGCAAAUGUAUCGGCUGUCACGUUCGAUUACGGUACCUCAAUGGAUUUGAUAGGGGCUGGAAGCACUCCAUUGCAUUACGCAGCUUGCGGAGGAAAUUUAAAAUGCUGCCAGAUCCUUCUUGCAAGAGGUGCUAGUCGUUUGUCAUUAAACUGCAACGGAUGGCUUCCGCUCGAUGUUGCAAGAACGUGGGGCCGUCAUUGGCUUGAGCCCCUUUUGGACCCUAAUUCCGAUUUGCCGACACCUAUAUUCCCACCUUCUAAUUAUUUAUCAUUGCCGCUAAUGAGCAUUCUAAUUAUUGCAAGAGACUGUGGGUUACAGUUCUCGGAUAGUGCUUCUGAUGAUGCUGAUAUUUGUGCUGUUUGCUUGGAGAGAGCAUGUACAGUUGCUUCCGAAGGUUGCACGCACAAACUAUGUGUGAAAUGUGCUCUCUACCUCUGCUCGACCAGCAACAUCCCUCUCGAAUCAAACAUACCGCCCGGCACAAUCCCUUGCCCCCUCUGCCGGCAGGGAAUCCUGUCUUUUACCCGACUGGCGGUGGGCCCCACCGAAAAGCAGACCAAAUUACCAAUAUCGCCCCUCGGCUUGUGCACGCCAUGCAUGCUCCACAACAGAGAGCACGACCCGUCUGAGUCGACCAGCUCGCCCGACUCAAGAAAAGGGAGAAGGGCCGAUUCGGAUUCUAUCUCGUCUGACAUCUUUUGCCCCGUCACGUGCAGCCCGUUUCCAUCCGUGACGAUGAUCCCUCUCUGCACGUGCAAAAACGGGCCCUGCCCAAACUUUGAUGUUGGGCCUGGAGAGGCGUGUUUGGAUGGUUCGAGGCCCGUGGUGUCAGAAGAGCGGGAAAAUGUGGAGGGGAUAAGAUUGGAGAAAACGACUUGUUCGAGUAUGUUUUGGGGGAGGAGAAGCUGCAGCAGGGAACGCCAGUGCAAUGUUGAGAUUAACACGUAA